UCAUAUCAGCAAUAAUGCCAAAUUGCUCAUAUGCGAACUGAAGGAGAGAUGAGAUCAGAUGGGACUGAGAGAGAUUGAAAAGCUCGCAUGAGUACCAUCUCUGUCACUGUCAAUAAAGAGUCUGAGCGAGGCAGAACAGCCAGCAGGCAAUCUCAAAGGAAGGAUCGAGCUGAGUGUAGUAGUUAAGCUCUUGCUAGCUAGUGCAGGAAGAUCAAGAAGAAGCCUGCAGCGCCAUACGAGGAGAGAGACCGUCGGACAUGGGGAGGGCUCCAUGCUGCGACAAGGCGACUGUGAAGAAAGGGCCCUGGUCACCUGAGGAGGACAUCAAGCUCAAGGAGUACAUCCACAAGCAUGGCACCGGCGGCAACUGGAUUGCUCUCCCUCACAAAGCUGGGCUGAAGAGGUGCGGCAAGAGCUGCAGGCUGCGGUGGCUCAACUAUCUGAGGCCAAACAUAAAGCAUGGUGACUUCUCUGAUGACGAGGAUAGGAUCAUCUGCAACCUCUUCGCUACCAUAGGCAGCAGGUGGUCGAUCAUCGCAGCACAGCUCCCUGGGAGGACGGACAACGACAUCAAGAACUACUGGAACACCAAGCUCAAGAAGAAGCUCAUGCAUGGCGUUCAGCCUUACACCACCCACAUGCACAACCAUUGCAGCUCCAUGAAGCAGCAGCAGCUCUUGUUCCUCACCGCGUCAGCACCAGCAGCGCCGCCAGAAGCUGCCUGUCCCUUGUCUCUCCAGCACCUCUCGUCCCCUCAUGAUUAUUCUCACCACUACAUCAGCAGCUACGGCUCCUGCAACAGCUCGACGUCCCUCCUCUCCGCCGCCGCAGCCGCCGGCAGCCACGGCGGCCUCCUCAACGGCGAGCAUCAGACGAUGAGCACGUCAUGUUUGGACAGUGACGGCGGCCUUGGCCUGUACUUUGACGAGCUCUGCGCCACCGUCACCACCAGCAGCGGCGUCCAUGGGCAGGGGCUUGGCAUGGAGAGCUUCAUCUUGGGCGGCUUCCAGUUGCAGGAGGACCAUCACAAGGCAAUGCUGGUCGCCGGCGCCGGCGCCGGCGCCGCUAACCAGCUGAAUCAACAGUACAGCGCCGCCACCUCCGGCUGCUACGACGACGAGGCGAAGCCGUUGGUUAGUGUGACGGGCGGCGGCGAUGGUGCCGGUGGUACAAGUAGCAUGUUCUUCUAUGGCAGCAGCUACAGCAACGACGACGAGAGCUAGCUAGUGCAGCUGGAGCACAACAAGGGCGAGGCUACUGGUUACUCCCUCCGUUCUAAAUUACUAUUUAUUUUAAUUUUUCUAGAUAUAUGAUUUUUGCUACGUAUCUAGACAUACCAUAUAUCUAGCUACAUAGUAAAAGUUAUGAAUCUAAAAAAAUAAAAUAAAUAGUAAUUUAAAAUGGGAGGAGUAUAUUAAUUUAUCACAGUGAUCAUAAGCCACGUACUGUACGUACGCUACCGUACCAUAUAGCAGGAUGAGCUAGCUAGCUAGCUACUCCAUGUGACUUAGUACCUAGCAGUAUAUGUUAAUGUGAUUACGUACAAUUAAUUACAUGUAUUAGUGACUAGUUAUCGUAACGAUCAUGUAUGUGAUUUGGUUUUGUUAGCAAGCGGGUGUCAGUUAUGGAUAAAAGGGCCCAAAAUGAUUGGACAGUAUAUUUGCUGGGCUUCGGUACAAGCCCCUAACUUGUUUCGGGGUCAAAAGCCAUAUAAGUUCAUGGGCUAUUUGUUGAGUAUGGAAGGCCCAUAAAAAA